AUGAAAUAUUUGCCCUUUAACGAUACAAUUGUUCAAGGGGCCGACCAGACAAGCCUGAAACUACUGAAGAUAAAAAGUUCCAUCGCCAUAGGUGAAACGAAUUCCCCCAUUGUGAUCGACGGACAGGGGAUGGAAAAAAAGUCCAUGUCAGGGGAACGUAAAAGGAAGAGCUACAAAACCCGCGUCAAGUGGGACAAGGGGGAGACGGAGCGCCUAAUUGCCGGGAUAAACGAGUACGGAGUGUCCAACUGGCGCCAAAUUAUGGAAGCCUAUUCAUUUUCGGAGGGCAGAACUAAUGUGAGCUUAAAAGAUAAGUACAGAAAUUUCAAGAAGGUGUUUAUAUUGGAGAAGGACUGA